CUCUCUCUCUCUCUCUCUCUCUCUCUCUCUGAGCUCCAUUAAUGGCGAGACAGGGGCAUCUCGAAACCCUAGUUCCAGAGGAGCGCAUCCAAGGCGAAGCCAUGGACGACGACGCUGACAGCGGCGAAGAGAGGGAGGUGCAAGAGCUCGAGCGCGAGAUCAAAGACUUGGCCCAACGGAUUCUCGACUCCCGUCGCUCUAUGCCCGACCGCCUCUCCCAAGCCCUCGCCUCACGCCUUCUCGCCCUCCGGCCUUCUCUCCCGUCCAUCACUAUCCCCGAAAUGGUAGGACAAUCUCAGUUGAGUGAACCACUUGCAGGAGCUGAUCAAGAAAUGCUCCAAAAGUUACAUUCGUUUAGCGACAAGACAUCCCAGAAUGUUUCCGCAAUGCCUGCUCUUCUGAAAAGGAUGAAUGAUUGUAUUGCGAGGAUCGACAAACUCGAUGAAUAUAAUGUAAAUAUUCAUUCUGUUUUUAAACAGAAAUGAAUUCCCUCAAUUUCUCUACUGCUCACUGUUGUUACUGUAAUUAGCCAGACAUCGUUUGUAUUUUCGAUUGUGUACAAGUAUUUUGUCUCAA